AUGGCGGCAGCGGGAUGCGGAUCAGCAACCGCGGCUGCCGUAGGAGGCCAAGGUGGAACCGCGACGGCCAGAGGUCGUUUCCCCGGUCGUCCUUGGUCGUCACGCAGUCGAUUGCGCUCCGAGAAGCGGUGGCAACUCGGACGAUCAGGCUCAGAAGCUGAUGAUGUGACUAACGGAGGGCCAAGGCCCGCAAACCUGGUCCUAUCGUUAAACGAAGACCAGUCUCACUUGCGCUUACUCGGACUAGAGGCGAGCCACAGGAUCCUCGGUCAGUCUGGAUACAGCUCUAGUGGGAGUGAAGAGGGUGAUGACUUUAGAGGAUUUGAAGCUGAGAGAAAAAGCUCAAAAGGACCUGUGAGGUCACGACAAAACCCUUCCAAAGGUGAUGCUCUCAACACGAAAUCCAAACGACACAGUGAGAAGCUACCACUUAAAACACCAGCAAUGGAAGCAGCUAUCACCCCUCCUGACCCUUUCAAUGAUGUUAAACCUUUGGACGAAACACAAGGCUUAUCUUCAGAAGUAGAGCCCGCACAGGAUUGCAGGAAAGGUCCAAAAGGAAAAAACACCAUGGUUCGUCAGUCUUCUAAAAGUGGAGCUUCAUCAGCGUCACCAAGGAUUACUAUAAAGUUGGUGGCCAAAAAGAAGAUGAAAACUUUGAAGGAGUCCCAUGUAAAAUCUUCAAGGAAAUCAAAGAAAAAGGGAAUUCAGGAUCAGUCUAAUGCCAAGGACAUUCAGGGUGACCAGAUUUCAAGUGCUCGCGUCAAAUUAAAAACUGAACCACUUGAGGAUAAAGCUGGCAACGAGGAUAAGAGAGGAGGGACUGUACCUGCUAGAAGGCGUGGAAGAUCUGCUUUAAAGACUGAGCCUGUUUGCCAGUCAAACGCCAAAGUUUUGGUGGAUGAACAAAGAGAGUCAAAAGAGAGAAAAUCAGCGGAUCAAAUCGAACCCGUUAAAGACAGCGAGGCUGUCGAGCCAAAAAGGAAUGCAAAGAUGUUAAAGCAGAAGGACAUUGUGACAGAGCAAGAUCCUGAUGUAAAUCAACCAGCGAUUCGUAGGAGCCGUAGAGUCAGUCAACCACUCUCUGAAAAGAUCUCAGACUGUGCAGCUGAGCCACAAAGUCUGAGUAAAAGUGAUAACAUUUUGACUGAGUCAAUGGCAGAAGUUUCUAAUGCAGUUGAGGCCAAACCACCUGCAAAAAGUGAAAGACGAAGGCAAAGCAAGAGGCUGAAUAAGGAUGUUACAGCGCCAGAGAACCAAGGUUCAUCAUCCACAGAGACCGAUAAUGUAACCAGUGAUGGUUUGCCUUUAAAGAAAGAGGAAAUGAUGGUCCCAAGUUUAAAGUUGAUGAAGAUCAGAAACCCAAAAUAUGAUGUGCAGGCCAGUGGGAAGAACUCGACUCGGAAGAAAAAGCGGAGAAAAUUUAUAUGGACUCUAACAUUAGUCAAGGGGAAAAGUCAAAGACAAGAUGCUAAAAUCACUGUUAAAGGAAAGGACAAACCUGUCUGUGAAGUGGAUGAGUUGACAUCAUGUGACAUCGGUAUCAACAGGAAUUUAAAGGGGGUGGAUAAAAGAUCUAAACUGGAUAACACUGCCCUACAAGAGUGUAAAAGCAUGGACAAUAAGGAGAAAGAUUUCCAAAACAAGGCUGAUGGGUCAUUUGAGGAAAAGUUAUCUUCACAGGUGGAAAAUGAAGUGCAACACAUGAAUGAAACACCUCCACAAGAAAUGUCAAAAACUGAUUGCGAGAAAGUUCCACCACUGCAGAUCAAAAAGGUCUCCUCUCCUGGUAAACAUAAAAGCUCAAAGCCAUCCUUUUUGAUUCAGCAGGUCAGUCCUGUGACUGAAAAGAAGGAGGAUUUUCUGAAAGAUCCCAGUGAAGAUAAUGAGGAACCAACAUUAACUCCUGAUAUUGAGGUCACACCGACUAGGAGAUUAAGAAGGAGGACACCAAGCUUGGAUUCGCCACAGAAAAAAUCAGUAAUUCAAAAAUCAGAGACCACUCCGAAACGGAGGCUUAGAAAGAGUCCACUGGAUGAAGUGGCUCCACAGGUGCAUGCUGAAGAUCCUUCUCAGGCUAUAACCGAAGAUAUCUGCUCACAUGGUCUUCCUGAAAACUCUGGUCAGCUUUUGGCUGAGGACCCUUUACUGGUGACAAGCUUGACCUCCUCUAAAGUUCCUGAUAAGGACUCCUCUGAGAUCGCUGAGGAGGCCUCACAUGUGCCUGUUGAAGUGUCUCCACAGAAAGUGGAGAAUGAGGUUGAACCGCAGAUCAAAGAGGCUAAAACAUUGCCUGUACCAUCCAAACCUAGAAGAUGUAGAAAUAAUAAAUUAGGUAAAAAGAGGUCUGUUCAAAGGAAGAAGCAUGUUGUCUCUCCUAAAACUGCUGUAGACACAGAGUUGCCAACAAUUGAAACUACUCUUACUGAAUCUGUGCUAAAGGAAGAUACUUUUCCUUUAGAUACUCUUCCUUUAGAAGAUACUCUUCCUUUCGUAACAGAGGGGAGUCAGUCUCUAACACCAGAUUGCACACAGCCUGAAGAAAAACAGGACACUGUGUCAGUGGAAGAAGAGCAGAUACAGCCACCAGUUAAAGAGGAAACAGAUAUCCAGUUGAUAGAUAGUCAGCCAUUGGUGUGUCCAACAGAGUGUCCAACAAGUGAUCCAAAAACAUUGUGCAUACAAAAGAAAUCUCACAAGAAAGUAAAAAAGAGGCGUAAAAGUUUGAUUGGGCAGCGGCAGAAACACAAACACAGGGCAAGAGAUGGAAAGUUUGCUCCACUCAAAGAAUCUGAAAACAGUCCAAAAAUUGUUGAAGGGGAUGGUGACAUUUCUACUCCAUUGGCAGCUAACCCACAGACCCAAAGCUCCAAACUGAUUGGAAUACAGAAAAUAUAUAAAAAGAGACAGACAGGUCUUCAUUUUAUUGGGUCUAAAAGGCCCAAACCACAAGCAAAAAUUAUUUCUAAGCUGUUAGAAAUUGGGCUGGACAAAGAAAGUUUCAAGGAAGAGGAAACGGACACAUUAGUGGACAUUGGACGACCAGAUGUUGUAGAAGCCCAUCCUGUUAAAUCAAGCAAGUUUGUAAAAAACAUCAAACACUUCAUCAUGCCUGUUGUAAGUGCCAGAUCCUCGCGGGUGAUCAAGACCCCUCAAAGGUUUAUGGAUGAUGCUGGGAUGUCUGUCUUGCCUCGAAGAAACUCCCCGAAGAAGGGUUUACAGCUCGGCUUGCAAAUGCGUCCUGGAAAGAGGCGAGAAGAUGGGACGUGCAGAUCAAUAUCUCCUAUCCUACCUGUUGAUGAGGAGGACCUAUUGAGUGAAGCUCAAUUGGAUGUGGAUUUGUUUUCAGCUCAGGAUCUGGAUGAUGACAUCGAUUUAGCUGACGGCCUUCUAUCUGAGAGAAAGAGCAGCAAUGUUGAAAAGAAGAAGCCUUUCCUGAAGAACUCCAGUUUCAGUUGGCACGUGCCUGAAGAGUCUAGUGAUGAAAUGUUUUCACUUGACCAAACUCUAGAUAGUGAAUGUGACGAUCUGUUUUUAUCCACACCAGUUGAUAAGCCCACAGAACUACCUGCUGACCCCUUGGAUCCCCAGAAAAAGAAAAGCACCCCUAAGAUGAAUAAACAAAUGGCCCACCUUAAGAUCUAUCAAAGGCUGAAUAAGAACCACACGGGACUUCCCAAAAGCAAAACCCCAACAGAGACCGAUUGUGUUAGCAAACCUGCUCAAGCUCCCGUAGAUUUGGCUGAAGGGCUUGAUGAUGAGGCCAUGAGCAUCAGCCUGAGGCAGAGGAAUACAAACACAGAGAGGAGCAAAUCCAAGCUCAAGAUAGAAGACCUUGAUUCCCCUGGAGUGGUGAGAAAGGUUUCUGUGAGUGUAAGAGCAACUAAGUCCAAGUCCAUUACCAUUCAGCAAAGUAAAGAGGAGGAUGUAGCAGGAAAAGACACUGACCAACUUCAUUCAGAAGAGCUGCAGUCAUUACAGAUCUCUGGUGCAGGAGAAGCUGAUUAUUUUGGAUCCAUGGAGAAGGGAGCAUCACAAAGAGCGCGCCUCACUGGUGCUAAUAAAAGAAUGUUUAAUCUGCUCAAGAAAGCCAAGGUCCAGCUCAUUAAGAUUGACCAGCAGAAACAGCUCAAGUCAUCGGGGCUGUUAUCUGGCCCAAGUGGUGCCAGGUCCCGGGAUGUAAGCUCUAAGAGACAAAGGAGGAAGCAGAGGGUUCCACUUGAUGCUAAUGUUCCUGUGAAGACUGAGCCGCCUCAGGGACCACAGGUCAUCUCUCCCCUCUGCCAAGAGUUCCGUAGAGCAGGAGGUCCACGCAUCAAGCACGUGUGUCGUGCUGCAUCUGUGGUGCUGGGGCAGCCUCGAGCCUUAGUACCAGAUGACAUUCCCAGGCUUAGCGCCUUGCCUCUGCAUGAAAGAACUGGCAUUUCCCCCUCAGAUGUUGCUAAAGAUGUUGGGUCCCCCUCUGAGUCGGAUAGUCCCGGACUGUCUGAUGCAAAGGUCACCAAGGUCAAGAAGCCGUCAAAUUUUGUGAAGCGCAAAGGACUCGGGCCGUUUGGGUAUCGCUCACGCAGGUGCGGAAUUUGCAAAGGCUGCAACCACGAGGACGAUUGCGGCAGGUGCAUGAACUGCCUUGACAAGCCCAAGUUUGGUGGUCCCAAUACCAAGCGGCAAUGUUGUGUGUACAAGAGAUGCGACCAAAUUGAAGAGAGAAAAGCUCGAAGACUGAGUGGAAGAACAGCGCCCAAAGGCUCCUCUAAGCGACGGCGAUCCUCUCCAAGUGGGGGUCAUUCAAGUAAUGACGAAGGGAACGAUGGUGCUGUGGACUCACCAUCUGGUCUCCAUGGCGAUGGCAGCAGUCCAUCAGUGCGUAAACAGCCAAAGCGUGUUGUGAAGCCCCGCGUCUACUUUGACUUGGUGGACUACGACUCUGAUCUAGACGACAAAGCUGUCCCAAACUCUGCCUCACCAGCCAGGAAAAGAGGUGCAGGGCCCCGCUUAAGUCAAGACUUUGUGUCAUUAGAUGGAUUCCUUGGAGACAUUUCAGAUGAGGAUAUCAGGCAAAGAAAGUCCAGCUCACACCGUGUACCAUCUGGCCGACGUAAACCUGAGAAGGUGGUUAACUCUCAGGGUCCUUUGGAGCAGACUCCCCCCAGUGUCCUGGCUGCCUUGGCCCAUGGAUUUGAGCAAAGAGAAGUUGAGUCUUCUAAACCUACUCACAAAAUCAGGGUUGACUUCAAGGAGGACUGUUCUUUGGAGAAUGUCUGGAAUAUGGGUGGUUUAAGUAUAUUGACCUCUGCGCCGCUGAUGCCCCCCUAUGUCUGCCUUCUUUGUGCCAGUAAAGGGCAACAUGAGAUGCUAUAUUGUCAAGUGUGCUGUGAGCCCUUCCACCAGUUUUGCCUGGAACCAGCAGAGCGUCCCUCAGAGGAGAAUAAGGAAAACUGGUGCUGUCGUCGCUGCAAAUUUUGCCAUGUGUGUGGUCGAAAAAACAAGCAAUUAAAGCCAUUGUUAGAGUGUGAGAGAUGCCAGAACUGUUAUCACACCUCCUGUCUGGGACCAAACUAUCCAAAACAAAACAAGAAGAGGAAAGCUUGGGUUUGUAUGACGUGCAUCAGGUGUAAAAGUUGUGGUGUCACACCAGGGAAGAGUUGGGACACUGACUGGAACCACGACAAAGCACUCUGUCCUGACUGUUCAAAGCUCUAUGAACUGGGUAACUACUGCCCAAUCUGCUUCAAGUGCUACGAGGACAAUGACUAUGACAGUCAGAUGAUGCAGUGUGGCACCUGUAACCAUUGGGUACACGCCAAGUGCGAGGACCUAACAGAUGAGCUGUAUGAGAUCUUGUCCAGCUUGCCUGAGAGCGUGGUAUAUUCAUGUCGGCCCUGUAGUGUGACCCAGCCCAGUGCCUGGAGAGAGCUGCUCUAUAUAGAGCUCAGGUCUGGGGUGGAAAAGGUGCUCGCUUGCUUGCUUUCCUCCACUCUCACCCAGCACCUUGUUACCUGCUCACAGUGUGAAAAGUUGGCUGAUCCUGAAGGUGGAAUGGAAGGACAGCCAGCCUGUGACCUCCGAGCUGUUGGCAAGAAGUUUGACAAAGGCCUUUAUACUACUUUGAAAAUGUUCCAUGAAGAUGUGGUUCAGGUGGUACGAAAGAGGCUUGAGCAAGAGGAGGAUCUACCAGAGGAGCAGAGACCCACUGCUCUUGCACGCUCUUACUACUUAAAGCUCCUGGAGGAGGUAUUUAAUUGGUUUAGCAGCCAAGACCCAAAGGUGUGGAACUCUUGUACCAAAGACUUGCCCAUGGGGAUGCUCUCUAAUGCCAUUGAACCUCCUACGACGGAGCACAUUUACGCACAGUGGCAGGAGAGGGAGGAGCUCACAUCGAUGGCUCCACUAGGGCUCCUUCAGGAGGACAACGGUCAAAGCUUAGAUGUCAAGGAAGAAGAAGCGGUUUCUCCAAUGUCUGGGGAGCCAAUAAGCCGCACCCACUUCAAUACCAGCAGGGCUGUGAGGCUCAAGUUCAAAGGGAGACGAGGCCGUCUUUCAAAAGCUGAUCUAGACACUGGAUGGUCUAAGGAUGAUGAGAGGCAGUGCUCGUUGUGCCAGAAAUAUGGAGACCUUAAACCAAACGAAGCUGGCAGAUUGCUCUUUUUGGGCCAGAACGAAUGGGCUCAUGUCAACUGCUGUCUGUGGUCAGCUGAGGUGUUUGAAGAGGACAACGGGUCUCUACUACAUGUACACAGUGCUGUCACAAGAGGCCGCUUAAUGCGAUGUGAACGCUGCAACCACACAGGUGCCACAGUGGGCUGCUGCCUGACAUCUUGUCAGAGCAACUACCACUUCAUGUGUGCCCGCUCCCGUCACUGUGUGUUCCAGGAUGAUAAGAAAGUUUACUGCUACAAACACCGGCAUCUCAUCAGCGGCAGGAUGAUUACUGGUCAAGAAUUUGAAGUAAACCGUAGGGUGUACGUGGACUUUGAGGGGAUCAGCCUCCGCAGAAAGUUCUUGACUGGACUUGAACCAGAACUAAUCAAUGUGAUGAUCGGUUCCCUUCAGAUUGACAAACUGGGAAUGCUGACUGAACUUUCUGCAUUUAAAGGAAGACUGUGUCCUGUGGGCUUUCAGUGUUCUCGUUGGUACUGGAGUACAGUUAAUCCAUUGCGUCGAUGCAAAUAUACAUGCACUGUCCGAGAGGUCCAGCCAGUUGUCCCUGAGAAGCCUGUCGAGGAGAUGCCUGACCGAGGAGACAAUCACACCAUCGCUCACAGCCCCUGUCCAGUGCUUGAAUCUGAAGCCCAAGAGACUGAUGUAAUAGAGUCCCAAACCCUGACGGAGGAAACCUUUGUGCCAGGACCUCCAGCCAAAUCAGAUCAUGGUGCAAGGCCAAAGAUCCCCAGCUAUCCCCAAACCAGGAGACCAGCUGGGGGAAUGUCCCGACCACUGCCAUCCCCAGGACUAAACCAGGCAAAACCCCAUCACAUUUUAACCAUAAGUGAUCUGGAGGAGACUCGAAGGGUUCUUCGCCCACACUCUCAGACCACAGGCCCCCGCAGUCACAUGUCCCCCCCUCAUCUAGGUCCCCUGAGUGGACCAAUCACCCUCCGAGCUGGAAAAUCCUCCCUGCCGACCUCCCCACUGUUCCCACUUAAUGCUGCAGACAACGUGAUAAAUCCUCCAUCGACCCGCCAAGUUGCAGGCAGAAGUGCUUCCUCGGUCCGAUCCUCUGGAAAUGCAAUGACCUCGUCGUUCUUCUCUCAGUCAGGUUGGCAGGACAGUGCAGGAGGCAUUUCCGCUCCAAGUCUGUCUUUCUCCUCAUCCGUACACCUACCCAGAAACCGCCUGUCAUUUGAUCUCAGCCAGCCAGACUCAGUGGAGGUGCCGCACAACUUCUUAGCUUCCCCAGAACCUGAAGACGUCUCUCCAGCAAAUGGGACAUCACCCCAAGAGGACUUGAACCAACAAAAAGGUGACAAAGACUUCCCUUAUGGUUUGUUCCACAAGGAUCCCAGCAUCAGCCUAGGGCAGGAGAUGCGGACAGAACUUGAGAUUGAAGAGACUCUUCUCAAUGAAGGUGUGGCAAUGAACUGUGGCGGGCAGAUUGUGCUGGAAGGGGAUGAUCAAGAGGAAUUUUGGCCGAAACCCCCAGAGGUACACAAGAGGAAGAGCCUUGUUGCAAACUUGCCACGCUCUGCAGCAUCAGCCAGGGAUGACUUGGGCAACUCCUCCGAUGAUGAUAUGGAGCACUAUUUUGACUUCUCAAGGACCAUAGUCACCUGUCCCAGUUCAAAAGAUCGCUCCAAGUCUCCCUCCUCCCCCCCGUCCCGACCUUUGGCUCAGCUGGACGGCAUAGAUGAUGGCACCGAGAGCGAUGCAAGUAUGGUCACCAAUGAUGAUGCUCAGAAAGUUGAGGGUUCUGGUCAAGCUCAGAUACAAGCCAAGAGCCUGAAAAACAAAAAUGUCCCUGAGUUGGAAACACUAAAUGGCAAACAGGCAGUUCCGAGUCUAUCCCCCGAGGCAUCAUCAAAUGAUAAAAUCUCAGCUGCAAGCAAAAAACCUACAGAUAGUUCACCUCAAGACCCUCCUAAGUCCAUAAAUUCUCCACUUCUAGAGGAAAGACUCAACCAUCCUGUGGUGAAUCAGGAAAAUGUGCUUCCUACUCCAGUUCAUUUACUCACAAAGGUGCCUGAGAAAUCAUUGUCAGAGGAGCUAUUCCAAGAAUCCAGUUUAGGAUUCACUUCUGGAACAUCUCUUGUUCUUGAGAGUUGUGAGUCUGGUUCACAUGUGACAGAGAUGGUUUCUUUGUUAGAGGGAACGCCUCUUGAGCCCCAACAGUCUGUUGGUAAACCUCUGAAUUUAGAGCCCAGCAGUAGCAACUUUGUGUCAUCAACUGAGGGGUCUACUAUAAUGAACCAUGUAACGGCUAAUGCAGAGAUGCCCUCAUUAGCAGACUCUGCUGAAAACUGUCAGGGCUCCCUCCUGGAUCUUCUUCAGCCUUCCCCUUCAGUGUCUACAGAUGGACAAAACCCCUCUCAAGGCAAUGGAGACUCGCUGCAGAUGUUUUCUUGUAUACCAGGAAUAAGUCAGCCUCCAUAUAAGUCAGGUAUAACACUUCAGCCUGUAACAUCCUCAGAUGACUCGACAACCUUCCCAUCCACAGGGUCUCUGUCUGCUAAACUAACCACCCUCAGACCAGUUGGAGAGCUGACACAAACGUUGCUAAAUUCCGCCCCAUCAAACGAUCCAGUGUUAUCAGCUACGCCAGGCACGUGUUCCCCUGCAGGGGUUUGUCGAACCGUCUCUUUACCUAUCCUCUCCACACAAACACAGCCAUUGGGUCCUACAGGUGUCACCAUUGUGUCUUCAUCUGCAUCAAUAUCCUCUCUCUCUGGACUCUCAACACAGUUUUCAACAGCUCAAACACCCCUCCAAACCACCUCAGCCCCUGUGAUCCUGAAUGGUUUCAACUCUUCAUCGGUGGCUUCUUCUGGACACACUAUCUCCAUCAACUUUUCCACCCCUAGACCCGCUUUAGAACCACAGCAGCCAGUUGUUCACCCGGGUUUGCCUGGACAUGCUAUCCUUACUGUGAAGGAGGUGGGAGGACCAAAUGUUGAUCCUACGCCUCAUGUCCUGCUUGUGAACCGUCUUGGACAGAUCUUUGUGAAGAACCCAGAGAGCAACACCUUCCAGCUGCCCACUCCCAACUCUCCUUCCUACAACUGUGUCACUCAGAUCGCCAACUUGUUGCAAAGCAACGCACUGUCUGCCACACUAGCGGCAGCUGGUAAUAUGAGCGCUCCACUCCCCGGGCCCAAUGUGGCAGCAGCGGGUCCUCAGUCAGUUACACCUGCAGUUCAGAAUCCACUCACGAUAACACAGCUGCUUUCUAACAACAGCAACGAUGCGGUGGCUUCAGUUAAUGCGAAGAAGCAGAGAAAAAACUCUAAUAAAACACCAAAAGAUGGAACUGUUCCAGAGGUGAAAAAGACAAAGAAAAAGAAAGAGCCCAGUACAUCCAAAAAAUCCAAGACCUCAGGACAGCCUGCUCCAUCUGCUGAGAAUCCUCCCACCACUCCAGCUCAAAGUGCUCAAGCAAUUAUCAAUCAAGCAAUGGCAAGUAACUACACACCCAAGUGGAGCGGGCUUCAAACACUAAGUCCUUCCUCACUGGUUCUGCCACCGGGCCUGUUGAUUGAACCAGAGCCCCCAGUGUUGCCUCGAUGUCCUUCACCGACACCAGCACAGGCUCCAGCUUCUCGCCCUCGCACCCACGUCCGUAUGAAGAGAGUGUCUUCGCUUUCAGACCGCAUUGUCACAAAGAAGUCUAAGGUUGACUUCCUCAAACCAGAGCCCAUCAGUGAGGAUGAAGAACGUCGUAGACCAACCUUUCCAAGCAUCUCCAGCAGGGCUUCAGGAGUCCGCAUCAAGACCCCGACAGUGAAAGGUGUGCUGAACCUAGACGAGUUAAAGAAGGAGCACAUAAGCGAUUCUGAGAGCUCAGGGUCAGAGCCUUGGGAUUUCAUGUCUCAGGGUGAACAGGGCAAUCAGCAAGCGUGGGAAACAGUGGGGCACAGUGCUCUCUCUGACUGGAAGAAAUACUCAGGUGCUGCUUCUACAUCUGAUGAUGAACCACUGUCCCCUGAUGAAGAUGAGGAAUAUCAAACUAAUAAAGACCUGCCACACUUGAGAUUUGAGAUAACCAGCGAUGAUGGUUUCAGUGUAGAGGCAGACAGUAUUGAGGUGGCCUGGAAAGCAGUGAUAGAGGGAGUGCAGGAGGCACGAGCUAUUGCCCGGUUAAGACCACUGACCUUUCAGAGGAUCACUGGAGGCCGCAUGUUCGGUCUGGUCCAUGAUGCAGUGGUGUUUUUGCUGGAGCAACUUCAGGGAGCCCAUCGUUGUCAACGACAUACUUUCCGUUUCUUCAAACAGUUCAGCCAGGAGGACGACCUCCCUGUCAAUCCCAGCGGGUGUGCACGCUCUGAGCUCUACCUUAGGAAAUCCACCUUUGACAUAUUUAACUUCCUAGCUUCUCAGCAUAGACAGCUUCCUGAUGACAUUGGGCCUUAUGAUGAUGAGGAAGAUGAGGUUCUUUUGAAGUCGACAAGACGGGCUACUAGUUUGGAGUUACCCAUGGCUAUGCGCUUCAGACAUCUGGAAAGAACCUCCAAGGAGGCUGUGGGCGUGUACAGGUCUGCUAUCCAUGGGCGCGGCCUGUUCUGUAAGAGGAACAUUGAGGCAGGGGAGAUGGUGAUUGAAUACGCUGGCAUCGUCAUCCGAGCAGUGCUCACUGACAAAAGAGAGAAGUACUACGAUGGCAAGGGCAUUGGCUGCUACAUGUUUCGUAUUGAUGACUUUGAUGUGGUGGAUGCGACCAUGCACGGCAAUGCGGCAAGAUUCAUCAACCACUCCUGUGAACCUAACUGCUACUCCCGAGUGAUCAACGUGGAGGGUCGAAAGCACAUCGUCAUCUUCGCCCUGAGGAAGAUCUACAGAGGGGAGGAGCUCACCUAUGAUUACAAGUUCCCCAUUGAGGACGCCAGCAACAAACUCAAUUGCAACUGUGGGGCCCGACGCUGUCGCCGUUUCCUAAACUGAGACAUCUCUUUCUUUUUUUUAAGAAAAAGGAGCAACGUGUUUACUAGUAAGCCUUAAAUCAAGGUGGCACUGGAUUGGGCUUGGGGAGGCAGUGUGCAGUUGUACAGAAGGGGGAAAAGCCACUAUGUGACCAGUCAGGAAUAUUUGCUGGUGAAAAAAUUGAUAUGUGGACAUUUUUUGGAAUUUGAAACAGAAGAAGAGGAGGAUGACAACCUGCAGAGAUCAUGCAUUAACUGUUGAGAUAGUGUCUUAUCUGGUAUAUGUGUUCACAAGGUACUUCUAGAGAAUUCAGAUGUGCAGCUGGCCCAGCAUCGCCACCACGACAGAGGAAGUGGUUUUGAUGUUCAUGAGAACAAGACAUUUAAAACCACUAUUUAAAAUUGAAGGGGCACCAAUAUGGACGAUUCCAACAGAAUUUAUUUGAUUAACACGUCAAGCCUUAUCUGUUCAAAUCAUUGCUGAAAACCUAUAGCUGGACUUCAAGAGAUUCCUAAGAUGUUUAAUUCAUUUCUGGGGAGGGGAUCUCUGUCUGUAACGAUGAUUGCUCCAUCCUCCAGUCCAUAACGUAACAGCCCCCCUACGUGCGGUUCAGAGGUCAGUUCUUGAGCCAUACAUUCAUCUAAAUCUUCAUUUGUGUUUCCUCUUACAUCUUACAUUUCUCAUGUUGUAGAUAUUUUUUUUCUUUGUAGAGUUUUAUAUCUCGUGAAUAACGAAUUAACCAUGGUGCUAAGCUUUGAAAACAUCUUUAAAGUCAUAAGUAAAUCAGGAAUUAUUUAGCUGUUAAUUCACCUUAAUGAGGCCAUUUCUCUUAAAUUCAUGCACGCAAGCAGUACUCUAAUCAUCAGAUCAUAAAGCGUCUUCUUAGUUUCACAUCAUGAUAUGCUAUUCAUACCUAUGCUCUUCCUGUUGAGGUUUAAGGGAGAAUUCACACCUCUGCUCUUCCUGUUUAGAUGUUAAGGGAGUUUUGAAAAGUAACCGUUUAAGUCGAUAACAGUGUGUCAUAUUUAUAAAGACAGAGACAUGUCUUUAACACGUGUUUGUUUCUUGAUGUACAGUGUAUGUAGCAAACACUACCUAAGCCAAAAGUAAAGAGUUGUGGUGAAUAUCAGUUUUUAAAAUAUAUAUUUUAUAACUGUCAUGGCCGAUGCUGAUUACCUAUUGCAAUAAGACUUUGCUAACCUACACUUGCACAUAAAUCACUAUCAGACAUUGAAAUUAUUUCCAUCUUUGUGAAACCUUCAGUUUAUCUUAAUCAGGGAAAGCACUGGUAAAAAAAAAA